AUGGCAGCCAUGAAAAAUCCAGACGGGCAGGAGCAGGUGUUGGAGGCUGCUGCCAGGGAUCUGGAGCGGCUGCGAUCUCUCAGCUUGGAUGAUUUGAAAGCUAUGAAGGUCCGUUUUGGCACGGUUCACAAAGGUCAAACAUUUGAAGAAGUUUGGAAUCGGGAUCAGAUGUGGUUCCGUCAGAUGGUGGGCCGCUUCUUCUCAAGCUGCAAGUGGGAGCACAUGACCUUGGUUCGUUUUGCAAAGCUGAAGGAAGAAUACGAUCUUCGCCAGAAAUUCCAUGCUGAUGUGGAGAGUGGGACAACAGCAGUCAUAGUCCAGCAGCAGAUGGAGAUUUACUCACUGAAGGAGCAUGUUUCCUAUUUGGAGGCGAUCUUGAAGAAGGUGGUGGAAUCUGUGGCGUUGGCGCAACCAGAAGUGCAUGGCAAUCUACCAUCUGUGUGGCAGUUUGACGAGCACUAUUGCAAAGUAGUGGAAGGCGACUGUGUCUACUUGGGCUGCAUCGACAUCUUUCUCCUGGCACAGAGCCGCGGAAAAGAACUUGCAGUGCUUCACUACGAUGACUCACCUCAGUUGCAGGCACGAUCCGUGCGUGACAUGAUCAAAGAUAUCAUUCCCCAUUCUCCAGAAGCAAGUUGGGAUGAGAGCGACUUCACUGCGGAGUCUUGCUGGUUGGUGGUGAUGUGUCGUGCAGACCUGACACGCGGUUGCCACAGCAGCUUGAACCACUUCUUGCCUGCAUGGCACAGAGACCACAACCCCACUGCAUUUGACCUCCACAAAGCGACCGUCGUCUACAACCUUGCCGAAUUGAAAUCAAGCUUGCAAUUCAGGUUGAUGGAAGCUAUGGGUGAUGGUCAGGGGUUGAGUGCAGAGGAGGACGCCACUUUGGAGUCUGUGAUUGAGGAGUCGCAAAAGCUUGAAAGACUGAUUGCAGCUGUGGAGGCAUUUCACGCCGUGGACGUGGUCGCAGAGGAGGUGCCUGCUGAUGGCAAUUGUGCCCUUCAUUCGGUCUUUGCUUUGGAGCGUGGUAUCCUUGGAGAUGAUGAGCCAAUGCAAGCUUCAGACGGAGAGAUUCAUUUGCUGCGCCAGGACACGGCAGGUGUGAAGCCCUUGGGUGCAAAAGGACAAGCCAAUGCAUCCAAAGCAGCUGCAGCGAGCCAAGAGUCCACCCAAUGUGAGACGACGCCAAAAAAGCAGAAAGGUUGGGUAGAGGGUGCUGACAAGGAACCUCGGCUGGCGACGCCGGAGAAAGUUCAGAAGAAGAAGCAGAAGAAGCAGGAGAAGGGAAAGCCAGAGACUGUUCAGAAUUGCCAGCCUGCCGACUUCGUUCCAAGGCGUGAGAAAGAACCUCUCCAACUUCGGAAGCCCCGCAAAGUUGCCGACGAUGCUUCCAAAAGUGCGGAAGUUCCCGAAGAUGAGGUAGGUCAGGCAGAUGCUGCAAUGACCUUGGUGGAAGGAGCAGAUGGCCUGGAGAGGAGGAUCAAGCGCAAGACCCACAAUCGCUGCAAGAAGAAGAACGUGAGUGUAAGUGUGGUCCAGCUAGCUGCCUUGAAGAAGUAUAUCGUAAGCCUCGGGCUCACCUGGCCACGUUUCCAGAGUGAACAUUCAAGGGACCAGCCUUUGAAGAAGGUGUCUACAUGCAGUGACGGUGGCUAUGUGACAUUGCAAAACAAGCUUGUCAGCAACCCGGAUCAUAAGCCCAAGUGUACUACCUGUUUGCGAUUGCUGAGCUCUUUCUCCGUCGAACCAGACCAUAUUCGUGAAGCCAUAGAGGCCGCUUUGAAUCCCCAGGCGACAGAGACAGCUCCGGAGGCGGCUCCAGAGGGAGGUUCGGAGAAUGGCACCGUUGCUGUUGCUGAAGACCGGCCAGAAAAUUCCACAGCAGACAAAGGUCAAGUUGAUGAGACAGUGGCAUCCCUUGCUGAGGAGACCACCAAGUUUGAUGCAGUUGCUUGGAUGAGCAGCCACUAUCCUGACUUUGUCAUGCUUGAGAACGGUCAACAUCAGAAGAAGUUUCCGGUGCGUUGCCGAUUGUGCACAACACGAUCCUUUCCAAUGGGCAAGGUCAUUGAUCUAUGUGCACUGAAGAAGGAAACAAUGCAGCACUUCUUGAACCAACACAUAUCAAGUGGCAAGCAUCAGAGAGCUUUGCAAUCCAGAGACGGUCUGGAUCACUUUGGAAACGGGCAGCCGCCAGGCGACCUUGAUGGCGGAGAGGAGAUGAACCAAUGUGAAGGCUUUCGGGUGGAGGCUUCUCCAGAAGCAGGGGUGCUACAAUUCUAUGUGAGAGAGUUUGCGGACUGGGCAGGCAUGACAAACUUGCCGAGGCAGCAGUUCGUGAGAAUCAGCUGGCUGUCGGCUCCAGAAGUCCACACCACAGAUACGCAGAAGAUGUUUGUCAGCACAAUCGUGCAGCCGUGCCUCAAGUGCAAUGUGGAAACCAUCCCUGACCGCUUUCAGGACAUCAUUGGCACUUUCUCAUCCGCCAUUGCCUCAGGCCAAUGCAGUGACGCUGACCUUACCAACAUGAAGAUAGCGUCCGCUGCGCUCUCUGGAACCCUAGAGGAGCAUCCUUUUUUGGUGGGGUUAUCCCUCCAAUGCAUGCGGAUGGUGGAUAAACAGUCGAGAAACAUCACAACUAUGGCUGGCCGGCGGAACAAGGAGGAGACAUCCCGUGAAGCCACACUCAUUGCUGACGCCGGGAUGAGGAUUGCCAUUGCAUCUGGGAACGCAAAGAUGGCAAAGGAGUUUGGUAUAUCGGCUGCCUCGUUGAGAACCAAUGUGGAGGAUCUGGAGAAAUACAGCUUGCCUCGACCAGCUUUGGCCCUAGCAAUGCCAUCCAUUCUCAAAGAGAAUGCAUUGGUGAUCGACCAGCGGUAUGUUCGCCACAACGGAUGCAGUAGUUCUCGCAGACUCGUUUGCGCCUUCGAUGCCACAUACCUAACCCCCUCUUUGUCUCAGAUGGUUCUCCACGGAAAGCGUGGAUUGGUUGGCGGCGCUUGGGAUGUGAACUCUGAUGGCCUUGGUGUGAGCUUCAUAAGCCUGGAGGAGGACACUUCCGUGGAUGUGAGAUCUGUUCCAAGGGCGAAUAUUAUGUACGAAUUCCUGCUUUGGGAUCCAGCAGGAUUGCGGAAGCAAUCACUGUCAGCAGCUUCGAUGCCAAUGCAGCAGGGAACAGGCGGUGACGGCACGCUGGCCUCAUUGAACAUGCUUCGUGUAGUAGGCACCUUCAUGCUUCAGUUUGGCCACUUGGUUAAGUGCGUUGUCUUUGACUCUGCUACCAACCACAACUUUGUGAGAGCCUUGCUUCACGGGCAAACCGAUGCAGUGGAGACCUCUUGGAUUCAGGACAUUCCAUUCUUCCGUGACUUGGAGGUGCUGCCGUUGCCAAAGCACAACCUUCCAAGAUUGCCUGUCAACCAGGUUUUGUACUUGAAGGAGACAGUUUGGGGAUUACCAGGACCCUGUGCCACAGUCACAAAAAACUCGGCCGGCCAAUGCAACUCGAGCUUGCGAGUUGUGCACUACGGACGUUACUGGACGGACUUGACCCUUGCUACUGGUCAUGGCCUACCGCCAGCAGCCUACUCUCGUCAAGAGCCUAUGUCCGACGCGCUCAACGCGCUAUACUACAAUCCUUUCUUCUUGGUUGAGGAUCCAGACGCGCACAUGGCCAAUACGAAGAUACCAUGGGCACUGCACGGAAUGACUGUCCACAACUGCGUGGUGGCGCUUUGUAUUGCGCCAUGCACGCACAAAGACCUACGGCUUGCACAACGUUGCGAGGUCGCUUUAUCAGGCUUCCUUUGCAUUGACCUAUUUCGCAUGGCAGCUGAAUCCCUUUGCAGCGCCAGAACCCUACCUCGUGGAUCGUUAUUCAUGGCGCCCCAAACGUGCCACAACCUCCAAGGAGUUGCGCUCAGCGUCAUUGUGGUGUGCUUGACCAAGAGCCCCGACUUCUCGCCUUGGACAAGAGGCCAAUCAAGGUUGUCCGAAAUAGGAGCCUUGGAAAGAUUACUGGAAAGAUUGGAUGCAAAUGAACACAAUAAACCAGUAAUUACUGUAUACAUCUGUAUAUAUGUAUGUAUGUAUAUGGAUAUAAUAAUGCAUUAUAAUAUAACCAUAUGCGUAUUCUUUUUGUAG